UUCGCCCUGGCGCCUUUGCCGGGGUCAACGGUCCCUUCUGGCCCGAGGGUCCGGCCGAGAGCGGUGGCGGCGUCCGCGGAAGGACUUCGUGGGAGGAGAAUGGCUUCAAUAAGAAAAACCAGCCGUACUGUGCGUGAUAUCUUUGGCGACUUCAGUGAUAUUUCCUUAGAAGAUUCAAAGAUGGAAGAAAUCCAGAACUUGGAAAUCAGUAGAAGUCUUACCAAAAUAGCACCCGGUCCAAGCAGAUUUCUAAAAAGAAACCAGACUAUGGGUGGAAAACACUUAUUCCCGAAAGAGAAUGCUUUCCUGGGGAGUGGGCCCUGGCUGUCUUCAGGUAGAGCUUCGACCACUGCCUCGAAGGUCAGGGCCAACGCUGCGCUCACAAAGCUGGCCCAGAUAGAAACCAAGAUCAGGAACCGGAAGGUGCAGAUGGAUUUGUCUGACGUGGAAUCUGACCUGAAGACCUCUGAGGACUGGCUUCCUAGCAGAGCAGACGAAAAUCCCCCUAGAAGGACGGUUGACCUUUCUUCACAGAACACAGACAAAACCUCCCAGAAACAGGCCCUUGAAAUUCCUGUCCCUGAGAGUGACAUGCCGAGUGGGAAGGUCAGUAGGUUUCUAAAGAAGAGAGAAGCACCUGUGGAAAAGAUAUCCCCUGAAGCACAUGUUGGGAAAGAGAGGGAUCUUCAAACACCCAAAGAGAAAAAACCUCCUAGAAGACUGGAUUCUCCAGACAGUGAUGAAGAGGAAAUGAAAGAGUUGCUAGGAAGCUUGAUGGAAUCUUCUAGCGAAAAACAAGCAUCCACAAAUCAGGGUUUCACCAGCACCAAAGUCAGUGAGAAAGAACAAACAAAACUAGUCUCGGAUCAGAUCCCAAAUCAACUGAGAGUCCUUUCGCUGCCCAGGAAGGAUCUUUCCAGCUCAAAGCCAUUUCCGACAUCACGUCUGCCAACCUCACGGUCAGCAGAUGGGACCCUUCACAGUGCUGGCUCGAGAACUUGCUCCCCACAGAUUGCCAUUUCAGAGGACACAGCCUCCCACACGGCAUCACUUUCCAUCCCCGGAGCCUUUCCGAAGUCUGUGCCCUCAACAGUGGGGGAUGGCAAGCUCUCGUCCUCCCCAAGAAGGAGUGAGGCUGGGCCUCAGGAUGAGUCUCCCUCAGAAGCCGCCGAUGAAAGUCUAAAUGAUUUGAGAAUAAACAUUUUAUCCCUUGAUGAUCUGGCUCCAGCCGUCAGUGAGAAAUCAGACUUGGAACAGAAAAAAGGUCAGGGGGAAAAGGCAUCCAGCAAAAACCCCUGGGCUGGGGCCCCCCGCUCUGGAAGCAAGAUUUCUGAGUGCCUGAGCCAGCGGUCCGUCUCGUCCCUUGGACCCAAGGGCACUUCUAGCCUGGGGUCAAAGUCUCAGGAACCUACGGCCAGCACAGUGAGCUCGGCUUAUUCGGAUGAUUUUGAAAAAUCCCCCAGUCCAACAGCAUCUGAGUCGACGCCCCAUUCUGAGGAGUCUCCUGACAGGACGCUGGCGACUUGGUCUGAAUUUUCUGCAAGCCUGAAGACAGACCUUCCUCCACCAACUCCCAAGUCUCGGAAAAAGUGGGCCAGGGGUGUUACAAGAGUCAUGGUGAAGGAGAUGGCUGUGCAGACCCUCGAUCCCGCCUUCACUUACCAGUGGGCUAAGGCGGCCGGCGUAGCGGCCAUCGGACCAGCCCUGGGAGGUGCCUAUGUGGACCCCUCGCCCAUCGCCAGCCACGUCAUCAGUGCGGACGCCAUAGAAGUACAUCAGGCAACACAGGCCCACCCCGCUGACCAUGGAGGAGGCCCUGGAGGAGGUGAAGAAGGAGCUGUGAACGCCGGGAGGACAGAGGAUGCCAGCCUGUCUGGAGCCACGAGGAAACAGGACCAGGCGUCCACGCCGGGGACUCCCAGGAGACACCAGGGCAGAGCUUCUGACCCGACUCCACAAUUCAGACAAAGUCUGCACUCAGGACGCACCUCCUCCCUCCUCAGCCUGAGCACGCUUCUUGACUUAAAUACACAGAGGAAAAAGGUCUUUAAAAAAAAAGUCUUUAUUUGAAGGCAAAACAGUAAAAUCCACAAGAAAUUGUUAACAACACGUUUACAUUUUAUCCUGAAUCAGACACGUUUGAACAAUUCACAGCUACAGGAAAUCUAGAACAAAAUCAAAUAUUUUAUCACAUCAGGUGGAAAAGUUGGAGAAAAUUUUGCAUCUCAUUGAAAAGAAUUUUUCAAAAAUGUUUCUGUACAAAUAAAUGGCACCGCACCAAGCUGCCUGCGGAUGCUGAGUGCAGCCGAUCCCAGGCGGUCACUCGGCAGCUCCCGGCAGAGGCGGCUCCCUCCAGCCUCACCUCCCUUUGGGGGCGGCUUGGGGCAGGCAAAGGAAGUGACAGCAGGAAGCAGGGCCGGUGGUCGCUCUCCACACUCUGGAUGUGAAUGGGCCGUUGCACGUGAGUGCUGGUGUGCGGGUUCCUCUCCGUGAAAAACACAAGUAGAGACACUAAGGGUACAUAUUCUCCAAGGGCGUCAUCAUUAUGUGACCUGGAGAUGCCUCAGAUAAGUUUCUUCAGAACCUUUUGUUUCUGCAGGGAACAGCAAAUGGCUAACGUUCAAACAAAAACAAAAACAAAAAACAAAACAAAAAAAACCACUUCAACUUAAACAGCUUAAGUAACUAAGGGCUAGUAUGUCUCAGAGGAAUCAGGUUUCAAAUUAUCUCACUGGGUAUCAACCUAGAUCAGUAUUUUUUUCUAAAACUAAACCAUCUGGAGUAAAAAUGAAAACCCUGUUUAACUUUGCAAAUCAAAAAGGUUUUGUUUUUCCAUUUUUAGAGUGAGCAGUACCAGCGCCUGGCCUGAGCCUUCUCACAACACAACUGAUAGGGGAGUGGGAGGGCCGGCCCCUUGGGCUGGGCUGGCGUGUGCCCUCAGGGCCCCUCCUCCAUGCACUCCCACUGGUUUUAGAGGCUCAGGCUGAGGGGAGAUGUGAGACAGCCGUUCCUGCAGAUGACAAGAAUUCUUAUCCAGGGGCCUUAUGUUUCUCGCUUCACUGUCCAGGGAAAUAAGCUCAUGGUCGAGUUGGCUGGGCAUCUCCUCUGGGCAUCUCCUCGUGACUCUUGCUGCUACGUUAGAGCUGGUUUGCAGGUGGGGCCUGGGCCUUCCGCGCCAUCAAGCGUGGCACUCGUCACAAGGCCUGCCGAAGUCUUCCUUCUCUUCUGUCGCUCCCCACAGAUGGAGACAGUGUGAGAACCGAGCUGUCCCUACCAUCUUGCACUGCCAGUAAGCCAAGAAGGGUCCAACCGUCCUCGCUGCCGGUGGCCGGCCACUGGCGUGGCCUGCCCACGCCGCGCCUACUUGCACUCGUCCCUGGCCUUCAUGCGGGCGAUGAAGGAAUAGCUCUUGUUCCUGCGGUAGUUCUCGUAGGGGUCGUCCAGGGCCACACCCACGCCCUUGUACUGGUCCCACUUAUCCCGGACGUCCCCCCCCUUGAUGGGGUCCUGGAUUCCUUGCUCUUUCACGCCGAGGCCGCCAGAUCCACUCCAGCCUGAAGAAGAGAGGGAUGAGUGGUUACGACCCACAGAGGAAGCUGAAAUUGUGGUGCAUUUACCCUGACAUGAAGUUAAAUGGAAAUGCGUUUGGAGAGUCAAACGACAUGCAGACGUGCAGUUUAUAAAUGGGGAACUAAGGGUAGUAAGAAAGGACGCUCAGUAAAAACCCUGCAGGCUCAGAAGUUGGUCAUGAGUUGGAGCUUCCUCUGACUUCAUCAUCCCCCAACCCUGAAUGCCCAGAGCGGAUUGUUCUGUCUUCCCAGGAACCUUACCCAUUUUCACCAGCAUCUGAUGUCCUUUGUUCUCUUCCCCGAGCCUGGAGUCAGGUAUAGGAGGUGCUGAAUUAGAACCCAGACCAGCCGAGGAACUAAAAUUAAGACAGGUUACGUCUUUUAAAAAAGAGCUGAUACAUUUAUUGGAAUGAAAACUUAGAAUAUUACAGCGUGUAGCUUAUACGUAGGGUCACCAGCGUGAGAUGGACACACACACACACAUUUCGUGUCUCUAGCUUUCUUCUUUAUCCUCUUCGCCGGCAGAUAAGGGGGUUCCCUAAGACGGCGGCCCCUGCCUCACACUCAGCGGCACAGCCAGGCCACACUGGACCGGUAAAACGGUUAGAAAAUAGCGCAGCCACUGCCUCAGGCUUUACAACGUGACUGCAGAGGUAACAGCGAGGUGUGAGAUGAGGUGCCACUGUCACUGUGCUAGUGCUCAGGGGCCCCGAGGUGCUGCCUUGGCGCGGGCCACCGCCAGCACGUCUUCUAACAACACGUUUCAACAUUCACAGCAAAGCAUCAGAGGGUUCCAGCGCUACCAGAGGUCAUUCUGACAGUUAAGACAGAAAUCUUACGGCGGGGUGGGGCUCCUGGACCGCGACCGACGUCUCCUUCCCGGGGAAUAGGACUUGGACCGAGAGCGCGAGCGGGUCCGGGAGCGGCUUUGUGAGGAGCGUGAUCGGCUGCGGCUCCUGCGGGGCCAGGGGAGAGGAGGCGGGUCAGCGCAGCUGCUGAGGAGCCUCAGGCCUUGCAUCCCGAGAGGCGGGGCCCUGCCUACCUGGAUCUGGAGCGGGAGUAGGAACGGGAGCAGGAACGAGACCUUGACCUUGAAUAGGAGCCGGAAGACUUGGAGGACCUCGAGUUGGAGCGGGAGGAGGAGCGCCCUCGGCUUUUGGAUCUGCUCCGAGACCUUGAGGGUCCGCUGCGGGGACAGGCCUGGUGAGCUGGAGCCCCUCCAUGGACUGCGCCCAGCCCGCCCCAACCCCCAACUCUAAAAGACCCCUGAUGUGCCCAGUCCAGGUGCAGACACACCCUUUCACAUCAGGGUUGAAUACAGACAAUGGCAAGCUUCUCUCGUACUGGUGUUUUAACUUCGGCCUUGUGGGAAACAGCUCCUGGUGGCUCACAGCACCUUUAUCGUAGGGUGCCAGGCCCACGACCCCGGCAGAGGCCAGAGCUGACCCCCCUUUGCCUGUGCCGGGCACGACACCACAGCUCGCCACAGGCAAAGGCAGGGCUUGCUCCCAGCUGACCUAGGACGAGAUGCACUGCGGAGGCCUGACCUCCACACAGGUGGUGGGGUGGGCGUGUGCGCUCUUACCUGUUCCUCUUCUCCUGGCCUUUCCUCCGCCGGGCCCGCAUUUUCGCUCGGAAGAACUCAUAGAGGCCGUUCUGCUCCCAGCCUUCACUGUAAGACAUGGGCGUCCCCUGUAUGAACGCAAGCCUCUCUCCCAUAGGGAACUUGUGAAAAAGUCACCAGGAAUAAGCCCUACCCGACAGGCCUUCCCUGUUUCACUCAGGAUGCUGAGCAAGGCCCAGCACAGAAAGCACUCGGGUGGUCAUUGCCACAGGGCUGCCCCUUCUCAAAGGAGCGACCUAGGCCCAGAGGCCAGGCCGCCCGCUGGGAGGUGGAGAGGCUGGACUGCACUCCCAGCGCUUCGUGGCUCCCACGCCUUUCCACGCUGGGCUUUCUCCAAAUAGUUGAAGAGGGUCUCAGGGUUAUUGUAACUGGGGACGAGGAACUCUUGAUUUGUAGGUGGAUAGGCCCGUGGCCCCAAACAGGGCAGAAGGCGAUUUUAGCUGAAGCGAGGAGGCCGCUGGAGGAGGGGAUCCCGAGGUAAGCUCUUGUCCUGAUGUCGCUAAUGUGGUGAAAGCCUUUUAUUUAUGGCACACAUCACGCAAGCUGGGGGAGAAACGGCAUCUCCUAACCACACUUUCUCACCUGGGCCUCACACCGCCCUGGGUGGAAGGUGCGACAGUUCGGAGUCUUUCUUGUGAAGCAAACUGAGGAAGACGGGCCAGGAGAGGGGACAGGGGCCUCCCCUCCCAUCACCAGCCCCAGCGCCUGGUCUCCCGCAGCCCCGUACCUGUUCCUGGGUCUGUCGUGUGAGGGAGGGCUGUAGAAGGCCUCCACUGCCGCCAGCAGCCUCUCACUGGGUGGCAUGGGGGGUGGGAGGCGGAUGUCUUUAGGAUCCAAAGGCUUGUACUCGUGGUCUUCCAGCUGCAGCAGAGAACACAGCUGUCACUGCUCCCUGCUGGGGCCCAUCCAGGGAACUGCGGGGG